GCUUGCCAGUGACAGCUCCACUCACUAUCACGGCUUCAAGGUUGUGUAUAGAAAACUUCAUCGCAACGGCACACGAGAAAUUCCUACUAAAAAACUUCAUGUUAGCAUCUUCGCAAUGUCGCGAUCAGUCGGAGUUAGGAUCAUCCGUCCGGACCAAUACCAAACGGCCGAGACGGACAAAGUCUUGCGAUAAGAAGCCGAAUGCAUUUGCCAACUCACAACCCACAAAGGCUCGCACAUUAAGCAUAUAUACUAGUAAUUCUGUGUGAGAUACCAGAGGAGUAAACAGCCUAGCUAGACAUCAUGACGACCGCAGCGCUUGCCGGAAGUACUGGCCUCGUGGGCUCCCACAUUCUUAGCCAACUACUCGCACACUCGUCCUUCUCCUCCGUCUACGCCUACGCGCGCCGCGACCUCCCAAACCCUACUGCCACAACCAAGUUGAACCCUCUCACAUCGAGUGACACAUCGACAUGGUCGGGCAUGUUCCCGCGCGAAUCGCAUCCCAAGAUAUUCUUCUCCGGUCUGGGCACCACAAAAGCGCAGGCAGGCAGUAUUGAAGCGCAGCGCAAGAUCGACUAUGAUCUCAACCUAGAGCUUGCAAAAGCCGCGAAGGAGGCCGGUGUAGAUACAUAUGUGCUGAUCAGCUCUGGCAACGCGAACGCGAAGAGCAAUUUCGCAUACGUCCAGAUGAAGGGUCAGCUGGAGGAUGAUGUGAAGGCGCUAGGGUUCAAGCACACGAUCCUUGUGCGCCCCGGUCUAAUCUUAGGAGGAAGGACGGACAGUCGGCCUGUGGAAUUUGCGUUCCAAAGCGUUGCAAAACUGUUGAAGGGUCUGACGCCGAAACUCACAGACUCCUGGGCGCAAGACGCGGCGACUAUUGCCAGAGCGGCGGUCAAUGCAGGCGUUCAAUGUGUGGAGGGCAAGAAGGAGGAGGGUGUUUGGGAGUUGGGGCAGGCUGAUAUUACCGCUCUAGGCAAGCCAUAGGGAUGUUACGAAAUGCUUUGUGCGAGCUGCACUCAUGUCCGUACGAGAGAUUGACUAUUACCAUGUGAUACCCUCCAUCGAAGUGUUUCCAGCUUGACGUACCUGAAAUGUCGAGUAGCCGACCACCAGGAUGCUGGAACAAGCCUGGUACUUUGUAUCACAAACCUGCAGCUAGUGACCACAACGUUGGUAGGUAGGUAGGGAAACCGGCGCGACAGCCAAUAGACGCGGAAGCCUUGUACCACAUUCUGCGCUUCCCAGAGUACCUCCUCUGCGCACACUUCACUCGAAUCCAGAGAAA